CGCAGCUAGCUCAGACACAACUAUUUUAAAUUGAUGCAAAUAAACAUGUUGAUAGUUCCAACAUGAAAAUAAAGUAGCUCCAGUCUUAGGUUUAAAACUCAGCGCCUGUCACAAACAACCGCGACAAGAAUACUUUAUAACACGUUCACGGGUUUCAACCGAUCUAGGAUUUCUGUAUCUAUGGUCACGCAGCCGUGCCUGGGAAUAUCGAGAACGCGCAUACUAGCGCCGCUGCGGAGAUCCAUCCGUUUACUAAGGGGUGUAUUAAUCCGGGCGUUUGUGUUGACGCCGAACCAAUACGAGAAUUUCCAAGAUAUAUUUUAAGAAAACCGUAAAGAUAGUUAGCACACUUCUUAAAAUAUAACACUGCCAAUGCAAAGGAGUGUUCUGAAAAAAAUUAAAUAGCCUUCACUGACAGGCCGGAGACAAACGGAUGGGAUUCUCAGUAGUGUAGCUGGCUAGAUGGAUGGAGAGACCGAGACGGUGGAAGAGUGUCGGUGUUGUAAAUAAUUAAAUAUCAAUCUACUGUUAUAGAAAGCAAGAUGCAUCUACAUCAAGUGUUGACUGGAGCGGUUAAUCCCGGCGAUAGCUGUUAUUCGGUGGGAAGCGUCAAUGACAUACCUUUUACGGCCUAUGGAUCGGGCUGCGACAUCGUCGUCCUGGCGAGCGACUUCGAGUGCGUUCAGAUCGUCCCCGGCGCGCACCAUGGCAACAUCCAAGUGGGUUGCGUGGAGUGUUCCCAUCAGCUUGGAAGAAUUGCGGCAUCCUAUGGGAACACUGUCUGCAUUUUUGAGCCAAUCGCUACUAACCCAAACAAACGACACAAUCAGCUUAAUUAUCAGUGGCAAAAGACAGGACAGUUUUUCCUCAAUGCCAUGGCCUACAAUUUGGCAUGGGACCCACAAGGUAAACGGAUACUCGCCGCUACGGAGCAACUGCAGCUGUGGGCCCCGCCCGCCAGCGACACGCUUGUGGAGGAGGAAGACAGUCAGAUGGCGGAUGAUAAAUUGCACCCGGUCUUGAAUGAUUGGAAGUGUGUGUGGCAGUGCAAGACUGCUGUGUCUGUGCAUAUAAUGGAGUGGUCACCUGAUGGGGAAUAUUUUGCAACAGCAGGGAAGGAUGACUGCCUGCUGAAGGUGUGGUAUCCCACCACGGGCUGGAAGUCUGCUGUGGUGAUCCCGGACCUUCCGGACAAGAAGGCCCCUCCGGUCCACUUCUCGUUUGUGUAUCUGGCACAUCCCCGUGCUGUCACAGGGUUUUCCUGGAGGAAGACCAGCAAGUACAUGCCCAAGGGCUCGGUGUGCAACGCGCUGCUCACCUCGUGUCAGGACGGGAUCUGCCGGGUGUGGUCAGAGACGCUGCUCCCUGAGGACAGCCUCCCGGGGGGCCAGAUCUCAGAGAACAGCACCAGCUUCAGCAGCAGUCUGCCCAACAUGGGGGGCCAGAAGGAUAAGAUCCAGCAUGCCCUGGAGUCGAUCCACCACCUGAAGCACCUGCGGCGGGGCAGGAGGAGGUCCUCGGCCCUGGCGUCUCAGACCGAGCUGCUUCCCAGCCAGCUGGGCUCACAGGAGGUCCACAGGCACAUCUCUCACCACGCUAGUGCCCUCUGUCACUUCCACAUCUCCGCCAGCAUCAACCCCAGCACAGAUAUUCCAUCUGCGCUGGCUGGGGCGGCGUUCUCCGUGGAUGAGGCCAGCGGGGGGUUCGUUGUUCACUGGCUCAACAACAAAGACCUGAGCUUCACCACCUCCAUGGACCUGUUCAUGCAGCAGCUGCGGAAGAUCUCCGAGCAGCACCUGGAGCACGGCCCGGAGGAGUUUGACCAGGAGGGAUCGCCCAUGAAGUUCGACUUUGAUCUGGACGAGAUGUCGGACAAGGGGUCAUCGGAGCACGAGGAGGGAGAGCAGGAGGGGAGCACCAAGGCCUCCUCGCCCGGCUCCAGCAGCAGCGUCCCUCUGCCCUCCAUGCUGCUGGACCGCAAGAUGGAGACCCUCACUCUCGAGUGGAACAAGAGCCCCGACAUGCUGUUCACCAUCCACCCCGCCGACGGGUCCUUUCUGGUGUGGCACGUGAAGUACCUCGACGAAUUCAUCCCGGGGAUAUUCCGACAAGUCCAGGUGUCCUUUUCCUCCCAGAUUCCUGUAGCUUUCCCAACCGGAGACGCCAACUCCCUGAGCAAGAACAUCAUGAUGUACGCCUACACGUUCGCCGAGCGCCAGUCCGCCGGCGCUCCGGACCAGAAGGCCAAAGCCCCGAGCGUUCCCCUGAGCGCCUCGGCCUCCGCGGGCCUGGGCUCCGGCUCCGCCGCCCACUCGCUGGCCGCCAUCAUCGGCCCGGCCGUCAUGAUGGUGUCCAAGCACAUCGACGGCUCCCUCAACCAGUGGGCCGUCACCUUCGCCGAGAAGUCGGCCUUCUCCUCGGUGCUCACCGUCUCCCACAAGUUCCGCUACUGCGGCCACCGCUUCCACCUGAACGACCUGGCGUGCCACACGGUGCUGCCCCUCCUGCUGACCUCCUCGCACCACAACGCCCUGCACACGCCCCAGGCCGACAGCGGCUGGGACUCGGAGCAGGAGAAGAGCGUCCUGAGGGCCGUCCAGCACCAGAAGAGCUUCCCCAGGAAGCAGCUGAAGAACGCCGCCACGCGCACCUUCCACGACCCCAACGCCAUCUACAGCGAGCUCAUCCUGUGGCGCGUGGACCACAUCGGGCCGCUGUCCUGCACCGGCGGUGUGUCGGAGCUGGCCCGGAUCAACUCGCUCCACACCUCCGCCUUCUCCAAUGUGGCCUGGCUGCCCACGCUCAUCCCCAGCUACGUCCUCGGUACGUACUGUAAUUCAGCGAGUGCGUGCUUCGUGGCCUCCGACGGGAAAAACCUGAGGCUGUACCAGGCUGUGGUGGACGCCCGGAAGCUGCUGGAUGAGUUGUCCGACCCAGAGACCUCUAAACUCGUCGGCGAAGUUUUCAACAUCGUGAGUCAGCAGUCCACUGCCCGACCAGGGUGCAUCAUCGAACUUGACGUUAUUACAAACCAGUGUGGGUCCAACACACAGCUGCUCCACGUGUUCCAGGAGGACUUCAUCCUGGGCUACAAGCCGCAUGACGACUUCCCUGAAAUGCACCAACCCCCCAAUCUCCCCUCCUCUGAGGAGUAUAAUGCUCCACCCUUCUCUGAAAAGUUCUUUCUGGUGGUUAUUGAGAAGGAUGAAAACAGGAACUCUGUUCUGCAAAUGUGGCACCUGCACUUAAAAUCCGUUCAAGCCUGUGUGGAGAACACUCAGCCAGCUCAGGGCUUUCAGAACCAGCUGAUGGUCCCAGUGCAGUAUGGGAACGCCGAGUCCUCCCCGGAGGUCUCCCCUGGACACAGCCCCCUCCCCCGUUCCUCUUCCACCGCCAACCUGCUGUCGGCCAGCAAGCUCAUCCUGAGCUCCAGGCUGGUGUACAGCCAGCGACUGGAUCUCCCCAUCGGGGUGGAGGUCAUCCGGGCGACGCCCUCAGCGGGGCACCUUAGCUCCUCUUCAAUCUACCCAGUCUGCCUGGCUCCAUACCUGAUAGUGACCACCUGCUCAGACAGUAAGGUCAGAUUCUGGCGAUGUGGCGUGGAAGUUGACCUGGGCGCCUUCGACCCCGAGGAGGGGCGGACGUAUCGCUGGGAGCACUGGGCCCUGAUGAACGAGGAGGAGGACAACGACAGUGCCGUGUGUGUGCCUGGCCGCCCGGUGGCCGUUAGCUGCUCCUACACGGGCCGGCUGGCCAUCUCCUUCAAGCAGCUGUCGCCUAGCAACGGCUUGACGUCCAAGGAGUUCUCCAUGCACGUGUCCAUCUACGAGUGCGAGUCCACGGGAGGGUCGGAGUGGGUGCUGGAGCAAACCAUCAACCUGGACGACUUCACCAAAGUGGCCAAUGUGCUGGACACCAGGGUCAGCGUGGACAGCAACCUGUUUGUCUACAGCAAGUCUGACCUGUUCACGAACAAGGACAGCCCCAACAUCAAGCAUUUCGUCCACCUGGACUGGCUGUCCAAAGAGGACGGGUCUCACAUCCUCACUGUGGGCGUGGGCUCCAACAUACUGAUGUACGGCCGCAUCUCCGGCAUCGUGACCGAGCAGACCAGCAGCAAGGACGGCAUGGCCGUCAUCACCCUGCCCCUGGGGGGCAGCAUCAAGCAGGGGAUCAGGUCCAGGUGGGUCCUCCUGAGGUCCGUGGACCUGGUCUCCUCGGUGGACGGCACCCCGUCCCUGCCCGUGUCCCUGUCCUGGGUGAGAGACGGGAUCCUGGUGGUGGGGAUGGACUGCGAGAUGCACGUCUACGCCCAGUGGAGGCAGGACAAGAAGCCCGCCGACCCGGAGGGAGACGGCCAGUCCCCUUCGGAAAGCGCGGUGGGCCAAAGCGUCUCCGCGGCCCUCGAGUCCCGGGUCAGGUCCAAGAGCGUAUUCGAGGGGAGCCCGGCCAUGGACGAGGCCUUCCGGGCUCCCGCCGUGCUCCAGGACGGAGGCCUGUUCGAGGCGGCCCACUCGCUGUCCCCCACCCUGCCCCAGUACCACCCCACCCAGCUGCUGGAGCUCAUGGACCUGGGGAAGGUGCGGCGGGCCAAGGCCAUCCUGUCCCACCUGGUCAAGUGCAUCGCCGGGGAGGUGGCGGUGGUGAGGGACGUGGAGGCCGGGGAAGGGGGCGCCAGGCGCCACCUGUCCAGGACCAUCAGCGUAAGCGGGAGCACGGCCAAGGACACCAUCCUGGCCGGCCGGGACGGCGGCCGCGACUACACGGAGAUCAACUCCAUCCCCCCUCUGCCCCUGUACGCCCUGCUGUCCGCCGACCUGGACACGUCCUACAAGGGCGGCGAGGAGGCCGCCAAGGGCGGCGAGGGCGAGGACCAGAAGCCAGGCGAGGACCAGUACGCCAACCUCUUCCAGGUCCCGGCGGUGACGACCGACGACUUCGUCAGCUUCGCCGCCGAGAAGAAGGAGAAGAGGUCGCGCGUCAUCAACCUGUCGCAGUACGGCCCCACCUACUUUGGCGCCGAGCACGCCCAGGUGCUGUCCAGCCACCUGAUGCACUCCAGCCUGCCCGGCCUCACGCGUCUGGAGCAGAUGUUCCUGGUGGCGCUGGCCGACACCGUGGCCACCACCAGCGCCGAGGUCAGCUCUGGCAUGGACAAGCAGUACAUCGGGGGUGAAGCGCUGGAUGAGUGUGGGCUGAGGUACUUGCUGGCCAUGCGCUUGCACACCUGCCUGCUGACCUCCUUACCCCCGCUGUACAGAAUGCAGCUGCUGCACCAAGGCCUGUCCACAUGCCACUUUGCCUGGGCCUUCCACUCCGAGGCGGAGGAGGAGCUGCUGAACAUGAUCCCGGCCAUGCAGAGGGGUGACCCGCAGUGGUCCGAGCUCCGAGCCCUGGGGGUGGGCUGGUGGGUGCGCAACAUCAACACGCUGCGCAGGAUGAUGGAGAAGGUUGGAAAAGCUGCGUUUCAGAGGAACAACGAUCCGUUAGACGCAGCUCUCUUCUACCUGGCAAUGAAGAAAAAAGCUGUUCUCUGGGGGCUAUUCAGGUCCCAGCAUGAUGAGAAGAUGACCCAGUUCUUCAGUCAUAACUUCUCAGAAGAUCGAUGGCGGAAAGCAGCUUUGAAAAAUGCCUUUUCUCUGCUGGGGAAACAGCGAUUUGAGCAGUCUGCCGGCUUUUUCCUUCUGGCAGGCUCCCUCAAAGAUGCCAUUGAGGUCUGCCUUGAGAAAAUGGAAGACAUUCAGCUGGCCAUGAUAGUGGCUCGCCUUUAUGAGUCAGACUAUGAGAGCUCCUCCACCUGCAAGGGGAUACUGUACGAGAGAGUGCUCGGUUGCCAGAGGGAUGGGUCCGGAUUCACUUGCACCAAGCUGCACCCUGACCCCUUCCUGCGCAGCAUUGCAUUCUGGAUAAUGAAGGACUACACCCAGGCCCUGGAUACUCUACUGGAACAGAUACCAAAGGAAGAUGAUGAAAAUCCCGAUGUAAUGGUGAAAUCCUGCAACCCUGUGGUCUUCAGCUUCUACAACUACCUGCGGACACACCCCUUGAUAAUCCGCCGUCACUUCGCCUCCCCAGAAGGCACCUUGGCCACACUGGGCCUGACCUCUGAGAAGAGCGGCGUCGACGAGAUCAACCUGAUCGAGCGGAAGCUCUUUUUCACCACUGCCAACGCCCACUUCAAAGUGGGCUGCCCUGUGCUGGCUCUGGAGGUCCUCUCUAAGCUGCCCAAAGUCACGAAGAAGGCGGGGUCGUCCUUGAGCAAAGACUCCUCCAUGGUCAACAUCGGCUCCUCGCGGCCCCAGGAGAACGGCGGGAAGGCCGCUGACCUGGACUGGGGCGGCGGCGGCGGCACCGACUCCUCCGCCGCGGGGACGGACUGGAGUCAGCCGUUGCUCAAGACCGAAGACGACGGCCUGCAGCUGGACUGGGGGGACAACAAGGACGAGGACGAAGAUGAGGAAGAGGACGGGGGGCUGAUGAUGACUCCAAAGGUCGAGGAGAAGAAGGAUCUUCCGGCGCACGCUGGGACACCCGGCCUGCAGAGGGAGGACUCAGCCGGGGAGUCGGAGGUGGACGUGAUCGCCGAGCAGCUCAAGUUCCGGGCCUGCCUGAAGAUUCUUAUGACUGAGCUUCGGACGCUGGCGACAGGCUAUGAGGUGGAUGGCGGGAAGCUGAGGUUCCAGCUCUACAACUGGCUGGAGAAGGAGAUCGGAGCCAUGCACAAGAUCUGCAACUACAAGGUGGAGGGCCAGGAGGCCUCCAGUGAGCUGGAGAAGUGGAAGGAAGGCGAGGGCCUGGCGGACCUGGAUGAGGCCUUCAGCAGGACGGAUGCCGGGGCCUACGAGCGCCACCAGCUGGAACGCCGCCGGCUUCAGGCCAAGCAGCAGCACGCCGAGAGGCGCAAGGCCUGGCUGAGGAAGAACCAGGCGCUGCUCCGCGUCUUCCUCAGCUACUGCAGCCUGCACGGGGCCAAGGGUGGAGGCGUCACCUCCGUCAGGAUGGAGCUCAUAUUCCUGCUGCAGGAGUCCCAGCAGGAGACGACAGUGAAGCAGCUGCAGUCUCCCCUCCCCCUGCCCACCACGCUUCCCCUGCUCUCUGCCAGCAUCGCGGCCACCAAGACCGUCAUCGCCAACCCCGUCCUGCACCUCAGCAACCACAUCCACGACAUCCUCUUCACCAUCGUGCAGAUGGAAACGCCACCGCACCCCAACAUCAUCGACGACCGGGUCAACUCUCUGCACACCCUUGCUGCCUCCCUGUCUGCGUGCAUCUAUCAGGCCCUGUGUGACAGCCACAGUUACAGCAGCCACGCAGAAGCCAAUCAGUUCACUGGGAUGGUGUACCAGGGCCUGCUGCUGAGCGAGAGGCGGAGACUGCGCACGGAGAGCAUCGAGGAGCACGCCACGCCCAGCUCCUCCCCCGCGCUCUGGCCAGGCGUCUCCUCCCUCAUCAGCCUGGUGGCGUCGGCGCAGGGAGAGGACCAGCCCAAGCUGAACGUGAUGCUGUGCGAGGCGGUGGUGGCGGUCUACCUCAGCCUGCUCAUCCACGGCCUGGGCACGCUCUCCAGCAGCGAGCUCUUUCGACUGGCCGCCCACCCCCUCAACACCCGCAUGUGGGCCGCCGUGUUCGGGGGAGGGGCCAAGCUAAUCAUCAGGCCCAAGCGCCCCCCGGAGGCCGCGCCAGCGCCCCCACCCCCAGCGGAGGACGUAGACAAGCACCGCCGCAGGUUUAACAUGCGCAUGCUGGUCCCUGGACGGCCCGUGAAGGAGACGCCGGCCACGCCCCCGCCCGUCCCAGCGGAGAGACCCAUGUACAGGGAGAAGUUCAUCCCGCCAGAGCUCAGCAUGUGGGACUACUUUGUGGCCAAACCCUUCCUGCCCCUCUCAGAUAGUGGAGCCCUGUACGACUCGGACGAGAGUGGGCCUAGCGACGACGAGGAUGAUGAUGACGCCUUCUUCUCUGACACCCAGGUCACGGAGCACAGCGAUCCAAAUUCAUACAGUUGGGCACUCAUACGUCUGGUUAUGGUCAAGUUGGCUCUCCACAAUGUCAAGGGCUUCCUCCCUCUCACAGGGCUGGAUUUUCCAGAUUUGCCAGUCACCUCCCCAUUGGUGAAUGCGGUGGUGAAGACGAUGGAAAAUUGGGAGCAGAUACUGCUGGAGAAGAUGAACAAGUUUGAUGGCCCUCCGCCCAACUACAUACACACCUACCCCGCUGACCUCGGCACAGGGGGAGGCCCAGCCAUCCUGAGGCACAAAGCCAUGCUGGAGCCUGAGAACACGCCCUUCAAGACAAAGAAUCACCUAUCAUUUCCUGUGAGGCGGCUGUGGCACUUUCUGGUCAAACAGGAAAUUCUGCAAGAGACUCUGAUUCGCUACAUUUUCACCAAGAAGAGGAAGCAGAGUGAGUCUGUAGAAGACCAUGUGGACCGUGUAGCAGGAGAUCGCAAAUCCAACAAGGUGGAGGCGGACCUUGGCUAUCCGGGAGGCAAAGCGAAAAUCGUUCACAAGGAGUCGGACAUUAUAAUGGCGUUCGCCAUUAACAAGGUCAACAUGAAUGAGAUUGUUCUGGCAUCCACCCAUGACGUGCAGGAAGUGGACGUGACCUCUCUCCUGGCUGCCCAGCCCUACACUUGGAUUGGUGAGGAGGUUGACAAGGAGUCCCGCAGCUCUGAUGACCAGGACUACCGCUCCUCCCACACUAACAUUGCCCAGGCCAGCGCCCCGCCCUUUGCUCCCCCACAGAUGGCAGCCUCUUCGUCCAUGCCAUGGCUUGGCACUGGACAAACCAGCAUGGGUGGAAGUGUGAUUAUGAAAAGGAACUUGAACAAUGUCAAGAGAAUGACUUCUCAUCCCAUUUACCAAUACUACAUGACGGGGGCGCAGGACGGCAGUGUGCGCAUGUUCGAGUGGAAUCGACCCCAGCAGCUCAUCUGCUUCCGCCAGGCGGGCAACGCCAGGGUCACCCGGCUCUACUUCAACUCUCAAGGAAACAAGUGUGGGGUUGCAGAUGGCGAAGGGUUCUUAAGCCUCUGGCAAGUCAACCAAACUUCAUCAAACCCAAAACCUUAUUUGAGCUGGCAGUGCCACGGCAAGACCUGUGGCGACUUCGCCUUCAUCACGUCCUCCAGCCUGAUUGCCACAGCCGGCCAGUCCACCGACUGCAGAAAUGUCUGCUUGUGGGACACUCUUAUUUCACCAAAUAACACCCUGGUGCAUGCGUUCCCUUGUCACGAGAACGGCGCCACCGUGCUGCAGUACGCCCCCAAGCAGCAGCUCAUCAUCUCGGGAGGCCGGAAGGGCUUCGUCUGCAUCUUCGACAUUCGGCAGAGGCAGCUCCUCAACACCUUUCAGGCCCACGACUCGGCCAUCAAAGCCCUGGCGCUGGACUCCACCGAGGACUUCUUCGUCACCGGGUCCGCCGAAGGGAACAUGAAGGUGUGGAAGCUAACAGGCCACGGUCUGAUGCACUCGUUCAGCACCGAGCACGCCAAGCAGUCCAUCUUCCGCAACAUCGGCGCUGGUGUCAUGCAGGUGGAGACCUGCCCCGGGAACCGCAUCUUUACCUGCGGCGCCGACGGCACCUUGAAAAUGAGGGUCCUGCCCGACCGCUACAAUAUACCGGCCAGUAUAUUUGACAUCCUGUAAACUGUAAACGUGCGAAUAGUGGAGGAGAAAAGUUUUUAAAAAAGCUUUCAGCAGUUAGCAUUCACGUGUCCUUCGCUGUGGAUUGCAACAAAGUGACGCUUACCGUAAAUAUUUUUUCCCAAAGCCUGACCUAAAAAAAAAACAGAAGCUAAGCGUCAUACUUGACUUUAAAAGAAAAGUGACUGUCAUUUUAAAAAAGCUGAAUUUGUUCCAGAAUCUCUUAUAGAGUGUAUUCAUAGGAAAGCUAUGCAUGUACUGUAUUUGUAAAAGCGGUGCAAUCACAGGUCAUUGAUAGUGCUCUGUAAAAUUACUCAAAGCAAAAAGUUUUUUAAGUGUAUCUGUCGUCAUUUUGUGCCCACAGCUGAAACUCUUUAGCAUCCUUUACCAGCACUGUGGUUCUGUAUGAAGUCAGUGGUUUCCAGCGUGAAUUGAGUUGUUGGGUUUGCAUUUUUAUUUACUUCACUUUCAUUCGCUGCUCCUGUUGGAGUAAAUGGCACAUAGUCCUUUGUAAGCCAAAAUGGGGUUUGCAGGGGAAAACUGUUUUGUUUGCACAUGCCACCAUUACUGCUGUCAGCACUGAAAUGCCUGUAUCAGUGACACAUCGGCUAUGAGAUGCCCUAUCAGAACAGAGAUAUACAGUACUGUAAAUGUCCUUUAUGUUUUGUUGGUCUUGGAUAAGUGUUUCCAAGCACUGAAAUAUACAUUUUGAAACAUUCCUUUUUGUUUUGCGCAAAAUGUUCUCUUCCGUUUCUUUUUUCUUUCCUUAUUAUUUUGUUAAUUUAUUUGCAGGUGGUUGUAUUUAACUUAUUGCCUUUAUAUUAGGAAUGUAAGGUGUGUUAGUGGACUGGGAUGAAGUGUAGCACUACUGAGGUUGGUGUUAUUUUUUAAUGAUUUAUCCAUAAAAAUGAACCUUUGCACUCAAAUCUUGGGACACUAUAAAACUUUAUUUAAAUAUACAAAUGCUAUUAAAGAGGAAACUGUUACAAAUGAAUGUCUGGCUUUGUUUGGCCAAGUAGUAAAUAGUUUGAAAUAGUUUUAAUACAUCUAUAUAUAAAUAUAAAUAUAAAGUACCACAACAGCUUGUACAAACAUAAAAGCUUUCUCUUUAUUUUUUGGUUUGUAUCAUACCAACUGAAUUAGUUGUACUUUGGUUAAAUGUACUGUAUUCAUUAAACAGAUUUGUGUUUGUCAGAACUGGUUGGAACCACGUCUGCUGUCUGUGUUUACCUGUUCAGCCUGAGUUGUCCUUCUCAAUGUCUGUGUUGUGUAUUUAUCUAAAGCAUAUGAUGCCGUGUCAAUGAGGCAGGUGAACAAAAUGUGUGCAAGUCUCUGGAAGAGCAGGUAGUUCCAUCAUCGUCAAAGUUUUACCUUUGUAAGCCGAAUAAAUUAUUUUUAUUUCAUUAA